CCCAACUAAAAUGCGAGAAAGAAACGAACUAUAAAUUUCUUACUUUCUCGCCAAAACUUAUCAGUUUAAUUUCUUAAAAAAAUUGAAAGAACAGCUUUACAUACAGUGCAGUGCAUCAAUUCAAAGAUCUCCUCCACUACACACCUUCGAUAAUAAAUCCGCAAAUUACUGUUGUAAAAAUGAGGUUUCUUCAAAUUUUGAGAAAAGCCGCAGCUUCUACACAAAAUCGGCUCAGAGUUUCUCCGAUUUCCGGCAAUCGCAGCUUUUUCUCGCAUCAAAUUCACUCGCAGUCUCUUCACUCUGCAUCAUUCGGCAUUGCGUUCGACAUUGAUGGCGUGAUUCUGCGAGGCGACACUCCCAUCGGCGGUUCUCCACAGGCUUUGAAGAGAUUAUAUGAUGAUUCCGGUGCCUUGAGAUUUCCCUAUGUUUUCCUGACGAAUGGUGGUGGUGUUCCUGAAUCUAAAAGAGCAACAGAGUUGAGCAAGUUACUGGGCGUCCCUAUUUUAGCUUCCCAGGUUAUACAGGGGCAUUCACCUUUCAGGCAGCUAAUGAAUAGAUUUGAGAAUGAACUUAUUAUUGCUGUUGGAAAAGGAGAACCUGCGAGAGUUAUGUCUGAAUAUGGUUUUAAAAAUGUUCUUUCCAUUGAUGAAUAUGCUUCUUAUUUCAAACAUAUUGAUCCACUGGAGCAAUAUAAGAAUUGGACUAACGAACAGGCUGGUUAUCAGAGAAGCUCUUCCAGAGAAGUGGAGAGGAAAAAUGAUCCUUGUUCACAGAGAGUAGAAGCUGUAUUCGUUGUUAGUGAUUCUGUUGAUUGGAGCAGGGAUAUCCAGGUUUUGUGCGACAUUUUGAGCACUGGAGGUCUUCCGGGAAGAGAGAUUUCUAGCCAACCACCUCUAUAUUUUGCAAAUGAUGACCUUUCCUAUCAGGGUCUAUUUCCAACUGAACGUCUUGGCAUGGGUGCUUUCAGAAUUGCAUUAGAAUCCAUCUACAACAGAGUUUACCCCAAUUCUCUGGAGUACACAUCUUAUGGAAAACCAAAUCCAUCUGUAUUCAAGAAUGCUGAAAAUGUACUGAUGCAACUACCUUCUACCAUAAACCAUCGUGUUAAUGAACAAUAUCCUUUCAAAACCCUAUAUAUGAUUGGAGACAAUCCCUCCGUCGACAUUAAUGGGGCUUGGAAGGCAGGACAACCUUGGUUUUCGAUCUUGACAAGGUCGGGGGUUUUCAAAGGAAAGGACAAUCACCCAAUAUAUCCAGCAGAUAUGGUUGUUGAUACUGUCGAAGAGGCAGUGGAUUACAUUUUGAGCAGGGAGACAUUUCAACCUCAUUAUUGACCUCUGAAGAUAGAAAAGUUAUCGGUCUCUUAUUGUGGAGUUAAACCUCAUUGGAUUCAAGUGAACAUCUCAUGGAUCCUUCAUUGGCAUACCAAUCUUCGUUUUUCCAUUUGAGGAUUCGAAAUAUGACCUUCAUAUGUAUUGUUAAGCACGGAGCACUGAACAUCAAAAUUUUUCAUCGAGAUGUAACUUUUAUCUGUUGUUGUUUAACCCCAAACUGCAAAACUGUUUGAGCUUUACUUCUUGUUUCUAAAACACGUGAAACAGUGACGAACACAAAUAACCAAAUUCGCCUCUUUUCAUGGGAAGCCUCAUGAUGAUUUAGACGAUGAAACAAUUAUUUGUUGCAUGACUUCUA